UUUAGAUGAAAAGUAGAAACGUUACAACAGCGGCGACAAGAGUCAGAAGAACCCAAAGAUGUCAGUCAGUUUUGAGCAAUUGCAGUCUCUGUUGCAGCAACAGCAGGCGCAGUUUGAGAAAGCACAGGCCAAGCUGAUCGAAACGCUGACCAAGAAUUUGUCACUACAGGCAGGCUCGGUAACAGGAACAAGUGAACGUUGCCCCUCAGCAGAAACCUUGACCCAGCAAGUUUGUGAGUUCCGUUACGAUGCUGAUGCCGGUAUUACCUUUGAAUCGUGGUUCCAUAAAUACGAAGACCUGUUUCGCGUUGAUUUAGCCGGUGCUUCAGAAGACAAGAGAGUACGCCUCAUGCUGCGGAAAUUGGGUGCGG